GACACUGGGCGAUAAGACUGUUGUGAUAACGCCUAAAACGUGGGUUGCUCCCAACGCUCGUCGCCGGCCACAGUCCUCGUGUAACCAAUCAAGAGAAGAUAAAGGGAAGGGAGAUGGCGAAGGAAGAGGAUUGAGUGGCGAUGGCGUCUGCUCUCGCUCUCUCUCUAAACCCUCCUCUUCUCUCCAACAAUUCGCUUCCUUUGCUGUCUUCGCUUCCACCUUCACCUUCUCUCCAUUCCCAGCUCUCCCCCGCGCUUGCUUCUUCACAGAAGCGUCGUGUUUUGAAGCCCCAGAAGGGUAUCCCGGGAGCGUCUGCUGAAGGAGUUCCAAGCAAGUUGGUCGAAGAUUCGAAAUUCGUUCCAUUGAAUGCUGAAGAUCCUAGAUAUGGCCCCCCUGCUUUGUUGCUAGUAGGCUUUGAUGCAGAGGAGGCGGGAAAGAUCCAACAACUUCUGAAAGAGAUGGACGGCGAAUUUCUACAGAUUGUGUACUGCACUGAGAAUAUGGUCAGCCGUUCCCUUUGGGAAGCGGUGCAUACAAGACAGCCUGAUUUCAAGGCAAUCAAGAUUGCAAAGAAUGUGCUGCGAAUCUGCUUCUUGUCGGGUCUCAGCGGAGAGGAGAUGAUGAUGUUCAUUGAUGCCUUUCCCGAAACUGGACUGGAACCGGCUGUGUUCGCAGCUCUUGUUCCCAACAGCGCCAAUAAACCAGUGCAGGAAUUGAUAGAAGAAAUAAUGGGAGAUCAUGAAAUGCUUACUGGAAAGCAGUAAGGCACGACCUAAGAAUGUAAGAAUCACUUUGAAGGAUUGUGAUCAUCGUUAGCACAUAGACGGACACCCUUUUUUGUUUGGUUAUGGCAAGGAAAUUAUCCCAAUAACAGAUUAUUGUUGCACUCCUAUUCAAAUUCCAUGGCAUA